CAAACUGGACCGGACUCUCACAUAUAGCAGCACCAAACUGGACCGGACUCUCACAUAUAGCAGCACCAAACUGGACCGGACUCUCACAUAUAGCCCCACCAGCGUCCAGCACUACGCGCGUCUUUGAGAGUUGGAUCGCCCUGCCUGCCUCGGCUGCGUCGACCACUUCCCGCUGAACGCCUCGGCCGGACGCUGGGUUAUGUGAUAGUUUCCCCAGACGGACGGUAGGGUGUGUGUUAGUUUCCCCAGACGGACGCUGGGUUAUGUGAUAGUUUCCCCAGACGGACGGUGGUGUGUGUGUUAGUUUCCCCAGACGGACGCUGGGUUAUGUGAUAAUUUCCCCGGACGGACGCUGGGGUGUGUGUUAGUUUCCCCAGACGGACGCUGGGUUAUGUGAUAGUUUCCCCGGACGGACGCUGGGUUAUGUGAUAGUUUCCCCAGACGGACGCUGGGUUAUGUGAUAGUUUCCCCGGACGGACGCUGGGUUGUGUGAUAGUUUCCCCAGACGGGGGUCGAGUGAGGUUUGGUACGGGAAUGUCGGCAUGGCCGCCUCGGGAGCGCAGAAGUGUCCGAAGAGUGAGAAGUUGGACGAGGCGCAGGCUCUGGCCAGGAGCUGCGCGGGCAGACCGGACUUCCUGCCCUGCGACGGGCUGUCCAUCUGCGCCACGCACAGCCACGGGAAGUGCUUCAAGCUGCACUGGUGUUGUCAUCUGGGCUGGUGUCACUGCAAGUAUGUUUACCAGCCCAUGACCAGUGUGUGCCAGCUGCCCAGCACAGCUGUACCUCCUGUGGCGACUGAGUACAGCAACACCAUCAAUCUGUCUGUCUCUCUGGCAGAGCGCUUCCUCAAAAUUGCCCCCUGCUUCCAGUCCCCACCUCACCUCGAGUCACCCAAGUACUGUGUCAUCGCAGAUCUCUUCGUGGACGACUAUGUUGUCAAACGCAUCAAUGGAAAGAUGUGCUACGUGCAGCGCCCCCCGCCUCCCUUACCGGAGCCGCCUCAUCCAGCCACCCCUCCCCCACCGGCGCCUCCUGCCCCUCAGAUGCUCCUGCCACCCAGUCGAUCCCGGCAGCUGACUCAGCCCGUGCAGCCCACCCAACCGGCGCUGGUGCAGCCAGUCCAACCAGUUUACACUGAACACAAGCACCCCAGUCCUGUCGACAAGGUGAAAGGCCCCAAAAUGGACCACUGCUCCUCUCCUUCCAGCUCCGAGGACUCGGGCAUCAAUGCGCUGGGCCUGCACUACCUGGAGUCCUGCGAGGAAGAGACGGAGGAGGAAGAGGAAGAAGAGGAAGAAGAUGACGAAUUGAGCACUGAUGGAAACUCCAGCCCCGGCAGUCUCUGGGAUCAGGACGAGUGCUCUCUGCUGUCUCCCUCAAAGUCAGUGAUAGAAAUCAUUGAAAAGAUUGAAACAACUGUGUGACACAAACCACCGCCAGCUCGGCGCCCGUCCUGCUGGACGGGCAUCUACAGAACAGCAGCACGCUGUGGAGAGAAAAGACCGAACCGAGAGGAUUUAUCUUAGGUGGACCGAUACAAUACAAAGCCCCAUCUAAAGCCUUGGCGGGGCUUUGCUUGGUUGCGAUGAGUUGGAACGUCCUUUCGUACGGGUGGUCGGGAAUACCGAUGUUUAGCCUGUCUGUCUUUCCCCACACACUGCCUCUCCACUGUUCACGUGCCCCGCAUGGUAUGACUAUCUGCAUUAUCUUCUAUAAGCAACAGAAAACACGCCAUCAGUCACAUGCAUAUAUAUAUAUAU